AUGUCGCUCCAUAUAGAGCAGGAGCGUAGCCCGAGGGCUUAUUUGUGCAAUCCUAUCGACGAUAUACCAGUUGGAGAAAGAAAUAUUAGAGUUGAAGACUGGUUGAACGACAAAAUCCAAACCACCACAGAUAUGACAGAUCUAUCGAGCUUAUUGGAGAACGUAGAAGCAAAGCAAAGACAGCUGGAAGAGCAAUUGAAAGAUGCCAAAACCAAGCUCGCUGAGGCCAAAAAAUCCGCGGCAAAUCAUACUUCGUCGAUGACCCAAAAGACUCAAACUUUUGAGCAACACCAAGAGGACUUACGAGCGCGGAUGAUGAUUCUUACAUCUUCAGAUACUCCAGAGGAAGCAGUGCGACGUUUGAAAGGGCCGAUGGAGAAACUACAACAGGUCGAAUUGGCACAAGCAUAUGUUGAACUAUUGAAGGAUGUCGAUGAUCUGACCAAGGAAGCUCAUCAAAAUUUACCUGAAAACCCUACUGAGGCUCUAAAGCCAUAUGUGCGAUUAAAACAACUUGCGAUGACUUUACAAGCGACUCAGAAUUCCACAGAAAUUGCUGCCCCUCAUCUCGUUUCUUACGUCGAACAGACUUCCAAUCAUUUAUGGGACCAGAUGGUUCAAAUCAUGGUCAAAGAAUUCCGGGAUGUACUCAAAGCCUUGAACUGGCCAGAUCUCACUGUUGAAGUUUCCAAGGAAUGGCAAAUAUGCUUUGGAAGACUUUUAGACCUGCAAGCUCCAGAGAUUAGAGAAGCUCGAGAGCCCCUUGUCCUUCUUCCUUUCGAAGUUCUAGUGAAGGAGAGUGAACUGAAAUUUCGCUAUCACUUCAUGGGAACCACGCCUACGAGUGCGAGCAGUCUUCUCGGGGAAUAUUACCUAAACUGGAUCAUUGAUGUUAUAGAUGCGCAUGAGACUUAUCUUCGAGACAAUGCUGGACCUGUUCUGGCUGCACACUUCUUAGGCAGUCCUUUAGCGGGGAACUCACUUUACAUAGACCCUGUAUCUGCCUUUAUCACAGCACUCUUGCCAUUAGUCAAAGAGAAGACCGAUUUUGUUCUUAACGAAAUUCAGCACAACUCCGCGCACUUGAGUAAAUUUAUAGGCCAAUUAAUGGUCUGGGACGAUGCUAUCCGAAUCAAGCACAAGUAUGAUGGUGGCAAUUCUGAAGUUGGAUGGGUUGGUGUGACUUGGCAUGUUCUAGAUAAAUGGUUCGUUCCCUGGCUAGAAGCUGAGGAAAGAUUUGCCUUCCAAAGAUAUGAAGAAAUAAUGGAAUCGCCAGACAAUGGAGAUAUUGACUACGACAGCAACGAGUCUAAGAAGACUAAAGGUACCUUUGGUGCUACCAAGGUCACUGAUCUCCUGAAGGCAAUUACAACACAAUAUAAAGACCUCAGAAAAGUCUCACAUAAACUUCGUUUCUUCCUCAAUACUCAAAUCGCGGUUCUUGAUAGGUACCAAAUUCGCCUGUCCGAAUCUCUGGAUGCGUAUAUCUCACUUACCUCAACUGUUGGCCGUAUAGCUACAGGCGCCACUAAAGAACAACAACGGUCUGUCGAGGGAAUGGCUGGGCUUGUCAGCCUUUGCAAAGUCUUUGGUAGCGCAGAUCAUAUUAUCUCAACUCUGGAAUUCCUUAGCAACGAAGCGUUUUUCGUGGAAUUAUAUUUUCAAUUGGACGAGAGGGCACAAGGUGUACAUCCGGAUAGCGCCAUCGCUGGCCCGAUUACCUGUUCGCAACUGAAACUAUCUACUUCGCUCAAGCUAGGCACUGGUGAAGGAACCAUCUUCGAUACAACCAUCCAAGGCUUCAAGAAGAUACGAAGCAACGCGGGAGAUCUUCUACAGAGAGCGAUUAAAUACCCAUUUCCAACUGCUUUCAGAGCUUAUCUCACUCAAGCGCAAUGGACAACAGUUGGUCAAGACUCUCAACCUUUACCACAUUACACGUCCUCUUUAACAAUAUCAGCCGAGCUUGACCAACCUCUUCAGGUAAUGAAAGAGAAAAUGGCUUAUCUCGAGAAAACCAUUUCUUAUCCUGCAUUCAUGCGAAUUUGGCGUCAAGCAAUCUCAGCCCUUGAAGACUUGCUUUUUAACGAAGUCCUCCUCAGGCAGGAUUUCACAACGUUAGGCGCAGCUCGCUUUUCCCAGGACUUAAAAGGUAUUCAAAGCAUCAUUGGCAACUAUCUACCGUUGGAGGGCACGGCAUUCAUGAUGCCACGACUUACGCAGGGCAUUGCUUUGCUAAAUUUGCCUAUAGAGGCAUCGGAUGAAGAAGGGAUGUCUUUGUCAGAGGCAGCGGAGAAGAUUUAUGCUGGUAGACAAGCAUGCGAAGGGGUUCUGAAAAAGUUGCAUAUGGAUCUAUUGGACAAUCCUACCGCGAGACAGAUUAUCCUGCGAAGAGUUGAGGCAAACGAUUAA